ACUGCUUCUACUCCGCGGCUGUUACAGACAUCCCACCCAGGCCUGGGUCCAUAGCUCUUCUUUCAGUCCCAACAGUCUCAUCUGAUGAAAGAGGAGAUAUUCUUGCUUCUUUACUAGCUAUCGGUUUCCGAACUCAUCACCGUCUUAUUUCUGUAUUUAGUGUUACAUUUGUCUUUCUUUACACGUAAGGUACACUCAACACUGCUUUUUUCCUUCCACUGUACUGUCAAAACUAAGAAGUACGCCUAACUGAACUUUUGGUUACAUGGCCCGGAACAGGACACCAACUGAGCGCCUUCGUGUCCUGACAUGGCAGUUUGCCCCGGCUAUCGGAUUAACGAAACUAGUAAAGAGGCGCAUUGAUUUGGCAAUUCAUUUCGAGGCAAAUAUCGUGAGCCGAGCGUUGCGGAUGAUAGACCAGAAGCUGAGGCCUAGGGCUACUUUCAGCCAACCUCGCUUGGAUACUAUGAUGGCUCAAGAUAGCGGCAUGAAAUGCAGCAGACCGGUUUCGAUAUAUUGAGGAUCAGCCUCAUUUCAUGCAAGCCGAUGUGCGAAGCAAGCUGAUAGGUUGGCUGUCAAGGACGUCCUCUCAACCAUACACUCCUUCAUGGGUUUACGUUGUAGCGAAGCCUAUGUACGCGUAAACCCAGCCAAUAGUAGCUGUGAGGAGGCUCAACAAUUGGCCAGUUCGAAUUUAAUGAGGCAUUAGAAUUGCCAUAAUCUGAUACCUUGCCUCCUUCCGGUCAACAAGCGUGCAGCUGGUAUCAUGCCACACUCUGAACAUGGAACUUGUCUCCGCUCUGAUUUCAUGAAAUAG